CGCUCACUCGAGCCAGCAGCAAUGAAACUCGCACUCUCUAGCCUCCUCGUCUUCUCGGCUACCCUAGUCAGUGGGCGUACCUUCACCGUCUACAACGGUUGCCCAUUCACGAUCUGGCCUGCUAUAUUCACUGAUCUGAACGUUGGCAGUGCCACGCCGGACUACGUCACGGGAUGGGAGGCGGCCGCAUACACCACUGUUAGCUUCUCCGUCCCCAAUAACUGGCAGGCCGGACGCAUCUGGGCUCGCCGCGACUGCGACUUUAGCAACCCCAACCCCGCCACUCAGUGCGCUGAUGGUGGGUGUAACGGAGGCCUCGAGUGCGACCCGCAUACAGGCACGGGCGUCCCACCUGCUACCUUGGCUGAGUUCACGCUCUCCGGCAGCGGCAAUCUUGACUACUACGACGUUUCUCUUGUCGACGGGUACAACCUGCCCAUGCGCAUCGACAACGACCAAGGGUGCGGCAUUGCUAGCUGCCCGGUCGACCUCGGUCCUAAUUGCCCGGCCGCGUUGAAGGGCCCAUACGACUCGACCGGUUUCCCAGUUGGCUGCAAGAGCGCUUGCGAGGCCAAUCUUGACGGCGACCCCGCGAACUCGCCGAACUGCUGCUCUGGCCAGUAUAACACUGUGGAGACGUGUCCCUCGUCUGGUGUCGCAUACUACUCGUACUUUAAGAGCAACUGUCCCAACUCGUAUGCUUACGCCUUUGACGAGAACAGCGGAACCGCUCUGUGGAAGUGCAACUCUGCCCUCAACGCCAACUAUCAGGUCACGUUUUGCCCUGCUAACUAGUAACUGCACAGGGAGCCUGUAAUGUCUGGAAAAAAUUGUUUCUUAGAUGUAAUGCUUCCAACCAGACCGGAAAUAUGAAGUUUGGACGACGUUGGCGGCUGUAAUGAGGGGUUACUGUAAACUCCGAUAGGUUCACUAGUCCAUUUGUUCCCCGC